AUGCAAAGCUUCCAUACACAUCCUCUUGGUGCUCCCGGCUGGAUCGCCCGUGCUAUACAAUGCGCCAGUGCAAUUGUUGUGCUCGGAAUCACAGCCUGGGCAGUAAGGGAUACGAAGACGGUUACAGUGAUUUAUUCUGUGACUAUUGCUGCGUUGACUGUGGUGAUUCUGGCCGUUGCGACAACUGUAAGCUGCAUCACAAGGCAGCGCAAAUGGCAUAUUCUUCCAUUAAUCGCGACUGACAUGGUUCUCUCAUAUCUUUGGCUCACUUCCUUUAUUUUCCUGGCCGACGAUUUCAAUCGGGUUAGUUGUCGAACAAACCUCUGGAAUGGAUUGACAGUCUGCAGUCGCAAGUAUACUACUGAAGCAUUUGCUUUUAUCGCGUUCUUCACCUCACUCAUGGCUCUGAUCUUUGAGAUCUGCUAUAUCUACUACGCAAAGCCUAAGGCUAUGCAGCCAAUGGGGGAAGGGAGACCUGAAGAGCGCAUCGCUCGGAAUUUGAACCAGGCUGGCUUG